GGUACUGGACGGUAUGAGCAAAGCCAGUAGUCCCACAACUGAGACUGACCAAAACUCUCUCCCCUCCUCCUCCUCCUCAUCUUCAUGACUUCCUAUUGUCUAAAUUUUUUUAUUGCGCGUGCGCACAUUUUGUUAACAAAUCACGUGAUUCUAGCAGCCACGCCCUGUGCUCAUUUCUCGUCUGGGUUUUGUUCUUCGCCCAGCGUUUCCGACAGUUUUCAAGGCCCGCUUUCGAUCGACGAGGUCGACCACUGACGACACAGUAGUACAGCCGGCCAGAAGCAGCUCACGUGACUCAGAGAUGGCUACUGGAGGAGGGGACCAAGUCUGGACGUGGAAGAAACCACUCCCUCCAAGUAAAGCCGCACUCAGGAAGGUCUUUGAGAACACCAGUAACCUCAGUGACCUCUGCAUCUAUCUCUCCAUCCCUGAUGAUAAGUGGGAUGUUGACAGUGCAGUAGAGUACUAUGUACAGAGUACAGAUCCAAUGAAAAUGAGAAAGAUGAUAUUCUGGCUGGACGUGAUUGGAGACACAGCUCUAGCAGACUCAUUGAUGGAGUAUGCAGAGCCCCCAGCAGAUCCAUCCCUCAAUCCACACCUCCUCAUACCAGUCUUUACUGCCAUAUCUGGAGACUGGGGGGAGAUUGCUGGCUACCUACAGUAC